UUUUAAUAUUUUAAGAUCGGCUGGAUUCGAUUACACCCUUAAGCCUCACAGGUCACAACGGACGCCGGCAGGCUUUAUCGAGCAAGAAUGGAGGAAAUAGGGGUACUGUUACUCAGACCACUCUCCAGCUACUUACAACAAGAGAUUUCCAAACGUUUCACUCUCUUCAAAUUCUGGGAACCCCCCUUUCACUCCAACCCUAAGCUCCUGAAGCACCACUCCUCCUCCUCCAUCCGAGCCGUGGUCGGAGACGGCGUCCGGGGAGCAGACUCGGAGAUGAUCGACUUGCUCGCCAGACUCGAAAUCGUUGCGAGCCACAGCUCCGGACUGGACAAGACCGAUUUGGUGAAGUGCAAGGAGAAGGGCAUUCGAGUCACGUUCACUCCCUACGCCUCUACCGAUGAAGUCGCCGAUUUGGCGAUUCUGCUCACGCUGGCCACGCUCAGAAGGAUUUGCCAUGCCGAUCGAUUCAUCAGGACUGGAAUGUGGAAGAAACAGGAUUUCGGAUUGUCUUCAAAGUUUAGUGGCAAAAGUGUGGGUAUUGUGGGAUUAGGAAGGAUUGGGUCAGCCAUAGCCAGGAGAGCUGAAGCUUUUGGAUGUCCAAUCAGUUACACAUCAAGGUCAAAGAAACUGGACUCAAACUACACAUACUAUCCUGGAGUCAUUGACUUAGCAUCCAACUGCCAAAUCCUCAUAGUUGCUUGUGCCUUGACCACUGAAACUCGCCACAUUGUGAACCGUGGAGUGAUGGAUGCAUUGGGUCCAAAUGGCAUUGUCAUUAAUGUUGGAAGGGGUCCUCACAUUGAUGAAGAGGAGUUGGUUUCUGCCCUUGUUGAGGGCAGGUUAGGGGGAGCUGGGCUUGAUGUUCUUGAACACGAACCUCAAGUCCCACACAGAUUGGUUGAGCUUCAAAACGUCGUCCUCUCGCCGCAUGUGGGAGCCUGCACCGUGGACACACGCGUCGCCAUGGCUGACAUUGUUGUCGCAAAUUUAGUAGCACACUUCUCCAAUCAGCCGUUAUUAACUCCUAUCAUCUAAUUUUUCAAGGUAAGAGUAUCUCUUCUAUACUUUCUCUAUCUGUUGCAGUUCAAAGAGUUAAUACCCUCACCACUGGAGUUCGAUUAUGUGACCUUCAUUCAAAAAGAACCACAGGGGUUCGAUUAUGUGACCUUCAUUCAAGAAGAGUCACAAAGUGACAGACUUGAACUGCUUGGCUUCAACCCUCAUUUUUAGUUCAACUAUUGUCUUACUCAUCUAAAUAAAUAUACUCCGUAUAAACGUAUUUUUCAUUUUUG